GUAGACCAGGUAACAAAGGUAGACCAGGUAAACCAGGUAACAAAGAUAGACCUGGUAGACCAGGUUACAAAGGUAGACCAGGUAACAAAGGUAGACCAGGUAGACCAGGUGACAAAUAUAGACCAGGUAGACCAGGUAGACCAGGUAGACCAGGUAACAAAGGUAACAGAGGUAGACCAGGUAGCCCGGUAACAAAGGUAGACCAGGUAGACCAGGUAAACAAAGGAAGACCAGGUAACAAAGGUAGACCAGGUAGACCUGGUAGACCAGGUAACAAAGGUAGACCAGGUAGACCUGGUAGACCAG